AAAACGCUUUUCGUAUCGUUGUUGGCGUUAUCUGUGCUACAUGCGUUAUGCUGAACAAAUCGUAAAAUUUACUCUGUACUCAAGGCCCAAUAGUUGUCAAAAUUUUUCCGGCUGUCAAAUAGUAUAAAAAAAUAAUAUGUUCAGUUUCUACUAAAUAUUAAUUUCUGGAUCUAAAAUCAAUUAUUUUUAAGGUGUAUAAUUCUGCAUUAGAGUUAUACAUCUUAUCAAGUGACAUUGGUGAUUGCGUUAAAUAAACACUAUAUUGAUAAGAAACAUUUUGCGAAGUUCUAAGUUUCAUCGAAUAUAAUUUAAAAUGAUUUCUUCUUAUGUUGUUAGUUUAUCAAAUAAAUCAAGUUUAUUUUUGAACGGAAGUCGCCGCUUACAUUUAUUAAAUAAAAAUGCUUACAUUAACGGACAAUGGGUGAGUGCUGGCAGCAAAGCAGUGUUUCCGGUAAUCAACCCGGCGGAUGACAAAGUUAUUACCGAGGUUCCAGAUAUGGAAGCUGCCGACGCUAAAACAGCAGUUGAUGCUGCUUCAAGUGCUUUUAAAACUUGGAAGAAUACAACUGCAAAAGAAAGGUCUAACAUAUUAAGAAAAUGGUUUGAUGUAUGCGCUAAGAAUACAGAUUAUCUUGCACAAAUUAUAACUGCUGAAUCAGGAAAGCCAUUAGCUGAAUCUAAAGGAGAAAUUGCAUAUGGUAAUUCAUUUCUAGAAUGGUUCGCAGAUACUGCUCGUCACAUAAACGGUGAAGUUGUUCCAAGCCCUUGGCCUAAUAAGAUGAUAAUGUUGACACGGCAACCAUUAGGUGUUGUUUCGGUCAUUACACCUUGGAACUUUCCUUUUGCAAUGAUCACUCGCAAGGUUGGUGCUUUAAUGGCAGCAGGAUGUACAUGUGUCAUUAAACCCGCUGAGGAUACACCCUUGACAGCUCUAGCUGCAGCUCAAUUAGCAGAAGAAGCUGGAGUACCCAAAGGUGUUAUCAAUGUUGUUACAUCAAGCAGAAAAAAUGCUCCUGCAAUAGGAAAAGUUCUGUGUGAGGAUCCUAAUGUGGGAUGCAUUUCAUUUACUGGUUCGACUCAUGUCGGUAAAAUUCUGUAUGGAAUGGCAUCUAAAGGAAUCAAGAGAGUAAGCCUCGAGUUAGGUGGUAAUGCACCAUUUAUAGUUUUCCCAAGUGCUGACAUUGAACACGCAGCAGAACAUGCUAUGCUUGCUAAAUUCAGAAACAAUGGACAAGCGUGUGUUGGUGCGAAUCGAUUUUUAAUACACAAGGAUGUUUUUGAGGCAUUUGUACAGGCUUUUAAGAAAAGAAUUGCUAAGGGAUGUGUAUUGGGUCCUGGUACAAAGGAAGGUGUGACUUGUGGACCCUUAAUUAACACAGAACAAUCCAAAAAGGUCGCAGGUCUAGUAGAAGAUGCCAUUUCAAAAGGUGCUAAGGCUCUUAUUGGCGGUAAACCUGCAUUGGAUAUAGGAAGUAAAUUUUAUGAGUCCACUAUUCUUACUGACGUCAAACCAGAGAUGAAAAUAUAUGCUGAAGAAAUAUUUGGGCCAGUAGCAGUAUGCCACAUGUUUGAAACAGAGCAAGAGGUUGUAACAAUUGCCAAUAGCACAAGAAGUGGUCUUGGAUCAUAUGUGUUCACAAAAGAUCUUGGUCAAGCAUUUAGAAUGUCCCGUCAGUUAGAUUUUGGCAUGGUCGCUAUUAAUGAUGGAAUAUUGUCAGCUGCUGAACCGGCAUUUGGAGGUAUCAAGGAGUCGGGAAUUGGCAGAGAGGGAAGCAAACAUGGUGUUGAAGAGUAUACAGACAUAAAAUACACUCUGUUUUCAGCUUUGGACAAAUAGAGGUUUAAUCAUAACAAGAGAAAAACUCCUUUCGGCUUUGUCAUAGUUGAGUAAAAAAUUGGUACUAAAGUUGCUGAAUAGGUUCCUCUAAUUGUCAUUUUAUUAAGAUUAAACAAGUGUAUUUAUAUAUAAUUAAGCUCUAUCAUUUUAUAAUGACAAAAUAAAAGGUAUAAAAUUGAAUAAGAUAAUCAUUCCAGUCUUCCAGAAAAUGUGAUUUUAGAAUAGUCUAUUGAGAUCUGUUUUAUAAGACUUCGCAUCCUAGAACAUAAUGUAAAAUAAAUAUGCUUGUUGUUAUAUAAAUUAAAUUAUGUAACUGGUUGAAUCCAAUAUACAAUAGUCAUAAUAAUAUAUAUCAAUUGUUUAUCUAAAAUGAUUUUAUUAUAUCUUGUUUUAUUUAUUUCUUAGUAUUUAUAAGAUGUCUGAAAUAAUA